AUGUCCUCUAAAGCGAAUCAGGAGCUUGAGCAGGCCGAUGGAGAAAAGUACCCGGGACACGGGACUGCUUACGUGAUCCGCCUCGAACCCGCCCUUUCGAUCCCUCAUGUGGCUUUUCCCCGUGCUUGGGACAAGGAGAGAGCGAGAGCGACCGAGUCGGCCUAUCUUCCGCCUCCUCAUUUUCAAUCCCUUCACCUUCUGCUCGACCCAGACGAUCCUGGCAACCUCUUCUAG